AUGUUCUUCAGCUGUGGCGUGAAUAGCAGCUCGCCAGGCCGUCAACUAGUCGUCAGCGAGUCCUUGCCAGAGGAGGUACUUCGAGAUCCGCCGUCGCAAGUCCUCCGUACACUCUCGCCCCCAGUUCCUUGUCACUCAGCUACCUCAAGUAGUUCGACCAGUCGGUCUUGUAGUCCUUCGGUUCGUGCCGAGCGUAUCGUCCCUGGAAAGUGGACGCACAUCUCCGGAAAAGUCUCCGUACGGCCUCUAACUCCCUUAGAAGUCGACUCAGCUCUCGCCAAACAGAAGAAGCGCAAACGAUCCAGUAAAGGCUCUCGCAAAGGUUUUUCUGCACAACUUAGUUAGAACUGACAACUGGGGUAGCUCGAAAAGGGUAAUCUGGCCUUCGACAGCUCAAUCAAAAUAUUUCUUUUUUUUUGAACGCAGGUUCGAAAUUUCUCGAAUUUUCCCAGACAGUCACCUUCCCUUAGCACGUCUUUUCACUCGUUUCAUUCCUACUAACAAAAAUUUCUCUUUCUUUUUUGCAUGCCUAAUUGGAAAAUAAAAAGAAAUUAGAGAAACACCAAAAAAAACUUCUUUGAAGGUUCCUCCGUUUGCGUGAAAACUCAAAAGUUAAAGAGCCUCGGAUUGAAAACUUUAGGAAGAAGAGCAAUGGAUGACAACGACGAUACUCGGAGCUCUGUAGAAGGUGGAACUAUCCACAUCCCCUCCGGCGAUGCCAAAGAACCGACGCCUGAGAGCCCUGGGUCGCGCUCUAACUAUGGAGAGUUCUACUGGUGAGUCGUGAAUUGGGCCUGAAUUUAACACAAUGCUAAACUAAUUCAUCACACUGAAACACAUCAACUUUGUAAAUUCAUAAAACAACAAAAUCUUAAUUUUCUUUGUAUUUCGUGCAUGCCGCUACCGAGCCUUCUAUAAGGAGUUUCCUUAAUAGUAUGAGUGCAGUUAUUUGAAUCGAGAAGCUCAACCAUAAGACAUAAUUUCACUUUGCUGAGUUGCGGUGUUGCAUGAACCAGCUCGCUCAUGUUAAGGGAUGAGUACUCCAGGGACACCUCCGGUGAAAACAACUAUCACCACACAUCUUCGUUCGACGACGAUUUGCUGCUUGAAAUCGAUAAUGCUCGCGGAGCAGCCGUUGCGCGACUCGAUCGCACUCAGGUUACAGAAAGAAGAAAAAGAGAAAAUUGAAGAUGACGUUUAGGAGGAUCUGAACAAGUUCCGACAGAGAAUUGACAACAAUGUCGAGCAGCAGAAAGAAUACAGCGAGAUGAUGUCGGCUUUGCAGAAUAAGGUGAAGCAAUCUAGAAAGAAAAUUAAAUCGAAAAAGAUGAUUUCAAGGUUCAUGAAUACCGUAAACAUAUUGCGGAACUUGAAAACAAAAUGGUUGGCGCCAGACGCCGCGGCUUCGAUGAUCCAUCAACCAUUAUGGUUUUUGAAGGAUAUGACAACUCCAACAACUUUUCAACAAUGUUGUUUUUUUUUUCGAGCUAUCCAGAUCAGUCAAUAAAUUUUCAGUCGAGACCGUGACCGUGAAGUGGAGCUGUGGAGCCCAGCGCGCGCAAGACGCGAAGGCGGGAAUAUCAACGUCUUGGCUGGCGACCCGAACGCCAAUUAUGAAAUGAUUGCUAGACUUGAUGAGGAGCGUCGCAGAACCGACGAGUACCGAAUGCAAUAUGAAAACGAGAGAGCUGCGAAAGAAAGACUGGAAGAUGAAAAUGAACGUCUUCGUCGAGAGUUUGAGCGCUACGAUCGCGAUACGAAGGACAAAGAACGCACUUUUAUCAAUCGCGAAAGAGUAAGAAGCUGAAUAUGGAUAUUGAAAACAUGGUUUUUUUUUUUAGAAUCUUGCCCAGUAUUUGAGCGAUGAACAGAAGAAAAUGAUGGAUCUUUGGACAGAGCUUCAACGUGUCCGAAAGCAGUUUUCCGACCUCAAAAACACUACAGAAGAGGUUUCUGUCUCAAGUUAAGUUUUUUCAACUACUAAAAUUGAGGACUUGGACAAGCAACGCAGCGAGUUCACUCGUGUCAUUCGAAACGUCACCAAUUUAUCAAGGAACAUCAACAUCACUGCUGGAGAAGUAUAUACUACAUUUGGAUCAAAAGUGAAUUCAAAAAAAAAACAGGGUUUGCAAGCUGCUGGUCUUGGCAACGGCUACUUAUAUUCCGGUGAUGGAGGAGAUGUCAACAGAACUACGCACAACUACGAAACUGUCCUGAUUGACACGGUUCGCAGACUUGGCGCAGCGCCAGGAGCAUCUUCAAAUGCAGACUUGCUCGAAGAACUUCGCCGUAUCCGAGGUAAAAGUUUUAUACAGAAAAAUCAACAAAAUCUGUUGAUUCUCAGGAACUGGAAGCUCGGAAGGCGAUGCGGAACUUCACAAGGAACUAAUGAAAAAAUACGAAGAAUCAAUCGAACGCAACAUUGAACUCGAAUCAAAAGGCGAUGACGCACAAAGAAAAAUUGCCGAGCUUGAAGCAGAGCUGCGCAGAAACAAAGAGAAGCUCACGGAAGCUCAAAACGUGCUUAGAAAAAUGCACGAGAUGAGCCAGGACGCAGAUCAAUCCAGUGAUGGAUCGAAGAGGACUCGUUCACUGUCGCCAGGAAAAACUCCUCUUCCUCCUGCAGAAGCUCUCAGAGCAGUUCGCAAUACGAUCCGUAUAAAAGACAAUGACAUUCAACAGCUCGAGAGAAAGUUCAAAGUUGCUGAAAGCCAGGUUUUUAAAAUGUCAACUUUUGUUAAAACCCAAACUUUAGGUCAAAGAGUUCAUGAACAAGUUCGAAAACGCUGAUGAAGCGCGCCGACGUUUAGACAAACAGCUGAACGAUGCGAAGCGUGAAAUCAGCGGAUUGUACGGCUCAUGAAAAUACCGAUUUGAAAAAAAAUUUCAGACAAAAACAAGUCGAUGAACUUGAGAGAAACGCUCGCCGUACAGAUGAUAAGCUCCGUGCAUCAGAAGCUGAAAGAGUGGCCGCUGAAAAGGCCAGAAAGUUCCUCGAAGACGAGCUCGCCAAACUUCAAGCGUAAGAAUCAAAAAGAUCAAAGUAUGAAGAUAAAAAAGAGGUUUCAGAUCUUUCACAAAAUCGAGCACCGAUGACGCUCAGAAGCUCCGCGAUGAGAUGGAUGAACAUGCCAACUCUUUGGAAGAAGAAUACAAAAACAGAAUGGAUGAGCUCAAUCGGCGUAUCGAAAACUUGCUUCGCGAGAACAACCGUCUAAAAUCGGAAAUGAACCCUUUGAAGGACAAGUACCGCGACCUGGAGAACGAGUUCAACAACCUGCAACGUCGACUGGAAGAGAAGGAGUCCCAGAUAAAGUACACGGACGACCUGCGUAGAAACCUGCAGCGCGAUAUUGACGACAUUCGCAAGAAGUACGACGCUCUGCAUGUGGAGCAUGACAAAAUGAGUACCGAAUUCGAAAAUGCCGUCAAGUCUGCUCAUCUUGCUGAUCAGCAGCUUAAAGAAAUCAAAGCACAACGCGACGAUUAUCAGUGAGUUCAUUUCAACCAGAAAAAAAGAAUUAAUUUUCAAAAUUCAGAAAACAGAAAGAUGAACUCUCUCGUACUAUCUUUGAUAUCCGCCACAAAAUGGAUACUGAAAUCAAAAACCGUCAAGACCUCGAAAAGAGCGGCGUUCGAAACAACGAAGAGAUGGAGAGGCUUCGUCAAACUAUUGACGACUACGAAAGACAAGUAUGCCUUAUUUACACAUAAAGUACUAAUAAUGGCUAAUUUAAGGUCAUAAUUCUUCGUCGUCAUAACGAUGAACUUGAUACUCAAAUCAAGGGACAACAAGGCAAAAUAACGCAACUUGAAAAUGAAGUGCGCUCAAGGAAUGGAGAAAUUGAGAAGCUAAGUGAUCUCAAUCAACGUCUUCAAAAAGAGAAGCAGGAAGUUUUGAAGUAUGUUUUUCGGUUGUGCUCAAAAACUAUAUCUAAUUUAAGUCAAAAGCACAAGGCAGAAGCCGACGUGCAAGCAUUGAAAGAAACAAUUCGCAAACUCGAGCAAGAAGUCGAGAAACUUCGCAAUGAAAACAAGGAAUUGGAAGGAAGAGAAGCACGCGCAAAAGAUGCCCACGCUCAGCAAAUGAACCGAGCUCACCUACUUGCAAAAGAACUUCAAGAUGCUAAAAACGAGCUGAAAACAGCCGAAGGUAUUGUUGUCGAGAAAAUGGUUGAUACGGAAAAGUUCAGACCGCAACAAGCAACUGGAACAAGAAAUUCGUGACCUAAAAGAUCGUCUGAAAAAUACUGGCCGUACCACUGUUAUUUCUCGAGAUAGUACAAUCACCGGAGGGCUGGGAGACCGUGGCUCCAAGGUUUAUCUGAAACAGGUUUCAUCGAAGCAAUCCUUUUUCAAGGGAGACUCGACAAAGAGCCGUUCAACCAUCACCACUAUCAGAGAUGAGAUCAACAUCCCUGGCGGCACGGACUCUACGGAAGGCGAUGAAAUCAGUAUUCCAGGAGGUAUGAUGAUAAAAAUUUUAAAAAAAGUGAAAGAAUUUUCAUAGGCGAAGGAGAUCGUGAUGGCGAUCGUGGUCGAGAGACGGGCGACCGUGUCACAGAGAGAAUCGAAAGAACAAUAAUUGACCGCUAUCAUGAUGAUGAACUGACCAGCAUCAAGAUACGAGUGAGUGAAGAUAUUCGAGAAGGAUAUCAAAGAAAAUUUCAGGAAAUCAACGAUAAAUGGAAGCGCGAGCUCGAAAAACUUGAAAAUGAGAAGGACGACUUGGAGCGACGUAUUCGUGAGCUUGAAGAUGAGCUGUCGCAGAUUGGCCGCGGAAACGACAAACAGGAAAACGACAUCACCGAACUGAAGAGAAAGCAUGCUGCCGAGAUCGACAGGCUCAAGGCUGAUAUCAGCGCUCUUCACGACAAACACUUGAGCGAUUUGGAUGACGAAAAAGAGCAAUACGGAAAGGCUGUCGACAAUCUGAAAGGAGUCGAAGACGAGCUUCGAGACAAAAUCCACAACUUGGAGAAGCAGCUAGCCGACUCUCUGAACAGGUAGGCUCCACGAAAUUAUCUUAUAAAAAAGUUGAUUUCCAGAGAGAAUGAACUUGAGCGUGAGCGCCGCGACUUUGAUGAAAAAGUCAACACAAUAUUCGGCCAAAAUCAGAAACUUCGCGAUGACAUGGAAGACUUUAGAAACGAAAGCGAUAAGGUUUUUAGAAGAAAAAAUUUGAAAAACUAGCAAAAAAUUUUUUCAGGAAAUUCAAAAAUGGAAGUCUGACAGCUACACCGUUCGAUCGGAGCUGAAAGCAGUCGAAACGGCCAACACUGGACUGAAGGCUCAGCUACAGGCCGCUAACGACCGUGUUGAGCACCUCAACAAGACUGUCAGCGAUCAGACUUCCAAGAUUCGAGAUUGUGAGUUUGAACUUUUUUCAAGUCAAAAAUUUUUUUCUAGUAACUUCACAAAUUCGACGACUUGAAGAAGAUUUGGCGGAUAGUCGAAGCAACUUGGUUCAGAAAGAAACUGAUCUGGACAGCGCUCAGAACAGGUGAUCCAGAGAACUUUUGUUGUUUAUUGAACGUAAAAAUAGGCUUCGAACAUUGGAAGAGCAAUACGCCAUACUUCAAAUUGAUUCGAACAAGUGGAGAAGCGAGCUGGACCAAGCAAUGAGAGAAAACGACAUUCUGAAGAGUACUAACGCCAACCUUGACGCCGAUCUUUCACGGUUCAAAAACCGACUGAAGACAGCUGAAGACACACUGAAAGAGUUGAAAAACAGCCUGAGCCACGCCAAGACGGAGGUUACUAACUCUUUGAAAUAAACUCCCAACAGAACUUCAGCGCGAGCGGCUUCAAAACGCUUACCGUGAGAAAACCAAGCAAGCUGAUCACUUGACCCAACUUUCCCAACAAUUUGACAGCCGAAUGCAAAAAAUGCGUCAGGAACUCCAAGACACCAAUGACAAGGUGAUUUUUUAAAUUCCCCACAAAAUUUGAAAAAGAUAUUUUCAGUUGAUAAACGCCGACACAGAGCGUAACACACUGCGCAGCGAGCUCACCAAGCUUCAGCAAGAAAUAAAGUUCGGCGUAGAACAGAUGCAGAGGAAGACGGACGAGUACCAGACAACUAUCGAUGAUUUGGCUCAUGCUCACCGCGUUUCAGAAGACGGACGUCUUAACGCCAUCCAGGAGCUUGGUGAGCUGUUUGGAGAGAAAAUUUUAAUCAAUUUUUUCCCAGAAACAAGGAAAUACGAAUACAAUGACCUUGCCUCGCGACUUGAAAAUACCGAACAGCGGUUGAUCACGCUCCAGCAAGAUUAUAUUACUGCCGAUUCCGAGAGGGACGCUUUUGCUGAUGCUCUGCGGCGAUUCCAAGUAAUAGAAACCAAGCGAAAUCUAAUUUGAAUUAUAUUCAGGCUUCUGCAAGCAGAGUUAUCAACAUCAACAGAUACAGGGACGACGUGGGAGUGUUUGACACGGUGAGGACUCUGAGGCUGCUUUUUUCAUAUGAUUAUUUUUCUAGACGAUUGAUCGAAGUGGAGUCGGUUCUGGGUUUGAUACAACGGGAGGCGCCGGGGGAAUUGGAGCUGGAAUCAGUGGAGGACCUGGCGGGCCAGAUUUCGGUAGAGAAAUCGAAAUUGGCCGCGGCGACGACAGUGACGUUGCUUAUCCUCGUUCAGUUCCGUUCCCACCGGCCGCCGAUUACAGUGGUGGAGCAAGACCUGGCAUCACCACUGGUGAGCGUCGCAUCACAAACUGUUGAAUUGAAAGGAUGAUUUAGCUGGAGGAAGGGUAACAUCAAACCUUGACGGAACGACGACGGUUAACAUCAAUGACCACUUCGACGCCUCGCAGUUGGAAGGAACUUUGCAGCAGCUUCUCAACAAAAUCGAGAAGCUCGAACUUGAAAGGAAUGAACUGCGAGAUGCACUCAACAGACUGAAAAAGAAAACUACGGAGUCGCACACCACUAUCAACCAUCAUGAGACGCGGUUCCGAACAAUCGAAGACAAUCUGAACGACAUCGAAGAAGGUUUCACAUUUGGAAGAUUUUGAAUAUUAUACUAUAUUCCAGAUAAGCGAGCGCUUGAAGUUCGGUUGGCCUCGGCUAAGCAGUUGUUGCGUUCGCAAGAAGAAACUUUGAAACAACGGGAUGAGGAACGGCGACAGAUGAAGUCAAAGAUGGUUGCUGCUGAACUCCAAGCCCGAGGCAAAGAAGCUCAGCUGAGACAUCUGAACGUAUUUGAGUUUUUUUCUAAGUAUUAUUUCAACUUGAAACCCAGGAACAACUGAAAAACUUGCGCACGGAUUUGGACAACGCUCAUGUGGACAUUCGUUCAUUGCGUGACAAGGAGGAAGCGUGGGAUGCUAGUCGUUUCCAACUCGAGAGCAAACUCCGCGAGUCUGACAGCGAAUCUCAGAGGCUUCAACUUCAAAUCACAACAUUCGAGAGCGAACGCCAGGUAAUAGCUCCGAAUUGAAUUAUCAAUUCACGUCUGAAAAUUUAGAGCCUCACAGAGAAGAUCAAGGAACUGGAUGGAGCUUUGCGGCUAAGUGAGAGCAAAGUACAAGACAUGAGAGUAAUACUUAUAGCUCCGGAUAUAACUAACAAAUUAUGGAAAUUCAGGAAGACGCCGAAAAACUGCGUCGUGAUCUUGGAAAAGCUGAGAGCAUUGAAAUCGAACUGCGCAAGAGUAUUGACCUUCAAAGCAAAACCUCUCACGAGUAUCAGCUACUGAAAGAUCAACUCGUCAACACUCAGAACGAGCUGACCGCAGCUAACGGUCGCAAGACUCAACUUGACGCAGAGCUGCUCAAUGUUCGCAGCGAACUGCGAGACUACAAACAACGAGUUCACGACGUCAACAGCCGCGUUUCCGAGCUUCAGCGACAGCUUCAGGACGCCAACUCUGAGAAAAACAGAUUGGAAGAUAGACUUCUCAAUUUGGAAAAGGUUUUGGUAUUUUUAAUCGAAAAUCGUCAUCAAUUUUCAAUAUUCAGAGCAUGAACCAACAACGAACAUCAGAGACUGAUCUCCGUCAACAACUUGAAAGCGCUAAGAAUGACAAACGCAACGCCCUUAAAGAGCUGGAAGAGAUCAAACGCCGUUUGGCUCAACUCGAAAACGACAAACGCUCCAAUGUGCAUUUGGCUGAUGGAUGGAAAAAAGAAAAGCACGUUCUGCUCAAGAAAAUUGAGUUUGUGAGUGGCUCGGAAACAUAGAAGUUGAAACAAAAAAAAAAAAAUUUCAGAUGGAAACCGAAAAACGACGAACAGACGCCGCAAUCCGUGAGACGGCUCUUCAGAGGGAAGCUAUUGAAAAGUCGCUGAACGCCAUGGAGCGUGAAAACAAGGAACUUUACAAAAACUGCGCUCAACUUCAGCAACAAGUUUGCAAAAUAGAAAAUGAAAGUGGGAUUUCUUUUCUUGAUUCAGAUUGCCCAACUUGAAAUGGAGAAUGGCAACAGAAUUCUGGAACUCACUAACAAGCAGCGAGAAGAGCAAGAACGGCAGCUAAGCCGAAUGCGUCAAGAAAAGGGACAGGUUGAAGAGAGAGAGGAAAAGUUUAAUCUUAAAAAAAAAUUUUCAGAUUGAGAAAGUGAUUGAGAAUCGUGAGCGAACUCAUCGCAACCGCAUCAAGCAGCUUGAAGAUCAAAUCAUGAUACUGCGAGAUCAACUCGACGGUGAACGACGACGAAGAAGGUCCUUUUUAUUAAGUUUUUGAUGUUAAAACGAUGAACCUCGAAACGUUCAGUCAAAAAAUUAGAAACUUCUAGAGAGUACGUUGAUCGGUCUAUGGUCAACGACAUUGGACGUCUUGGAGGAAACGUCCUGGGUAUAAGAAGCUAUGCUGACAAUAACAUCGACAACAUUCUUCACGGUGGCAGCCGUUCAGUCGGGUAAGUCAUUGUUAUUCCAUCGAAGAACUAGUUCUUUUCCAGAACUUUCCUGCCUCGAAGCACAUUUGCCUCAAAUCCUUUGACGCCGCCACUGGGCUCCUCAACGCCUACCCACCGUCCCCACGUCACUUCGGACAUUUACCGAGGCGGCGACCACACCAGCAGCUUCCGUCGCAGCGGCGUUGACGACACCGGUAUGGACAUCACCAUCAACAGCUAUCCGCCUCCUACUUUUACCUAUUCUCCACAUGCUACCCCAGUGAUUCGCGUGAAUCGCAGCAGGAGUCGUAGUAGUGAUGAACGUCGUCAGAAUGUUCACGAAGUCGUGACGACGACGCAGGAUACAGAAGAAAUUCCCGAGAUCGACUACAGUCGUUACUCACAUGAAGCGCAAGGCGAAUAAUCUUGGACUGAUUCAGAUUGAUUCGCAAUUUCUCUAAUUUACUUAUAAGCGCAGUUAAAUUUAAGCGUUGGAAUAAUUUGCGCUGAACUUACAGUGACUUCCUUUUUUCGAUUGGUUUUUAUUCAACUUAAUUAUGAAACAAACGUCUUCUGUUUCAAAAUAUAUACUCCAGCACAACACAGACUUCUGUGACAAAGUUUAGAAUACAGGAUUGUUAGUUUCUUUUGGAAAUCUCAUUUUGAGUUCGGACUACGCCAGUUGCUUUUACUGAUUUGGAAAUGCAUAUAAACGAGAUUCAGUGAGCUUCUGUUCACAACCUCUCUACUGCUUGACUUAAAACUAACAAAUUGCUUGAACUAACAGUAUUAAUCGAUUAACAUUUAAGGCUCAGUCUACGGAGGCUCCGUGCGUGAGCGCGACCGUGACUCUAUCUACGGCGGUAGCGUCGCCGGACGUGAUGUCUCUUCGCGUCAAGAAGGCGACAGCUCUCGCGACGCCCGCGACAGCGUCGUCGAGAUCCCUUACAACCGCGGCGGCGACGCUUCUCUGCACUCGUCGAUGCAUUCCUCGGUGCACGGGCCACGGCUCGACACCCUCGAACGCAGCAACGAUCUCUGA